AGUAACGUUGCAACGUGAGAGGAAAGGAUGUAUGUUCCCGCAAUUAGCGACUAAUGUGUCAAUAGAGCAAAUAUUGUACGCUUUGGUCAAAUUAUCAGUCGCACAACAAGAUGCCGUUACUCAAGUAUUCACCACGGCUAUGGGAUGCACUGAAACUAAAGCAGGGCAUCUACGCUCGUCUGCCCCAACAUUACCUCCGCUCCCUGGAGCAAACAAGCCUGGCCACGCCAGUGCAUUGGAAACCACUAGGGGUCAAAUACAGGGCUAACCCCAAAACAGGCCUACGUGAAAGGGUGGAGGAUGUGCCCAUUCCUAUCUAUUACCCUCCAGAGUCUCAGACAGGACUCUGGGGUGGCGAAGGUUGGAUAUGUGGGUACAGAUACGCUAACAAUGACAAGCUCUCAACAAGGCUGAAGAAGACCUGGAAGCCUCAGUUAUUUAAGAGGGAGCUGUACAGUGAAAUUCUGGACCAAAAGUUCAAAAUCACCGUCACGGCUCGUGCCCUGGACCUUAUUGAUGCUGCCUAUGGUUUUGACUUCUAUAUUCUUAAGACCCCAAUGCAGGAUUUGAACUCAAAGCUUGGCAUGGACCUGAAGCGUGCUAUGCUGCUAAGACUUGCACGGAAAGACACGGAGCUCUACCCUGAGGAUCCCAAACAAAGGGAAAAGAUCUACAAUAAGUAUAAGCAGUUUGAGAUUCCUGCUGAAGAAGCAGAGUGGGUUGGGUUGAGUCUGGAAGAGGCUGUGGAGAAGCAGAGACUCUUGGAGCACAAGGAACCAGAGCCCCUGUUUAAGAAGUGUGUGGAGGAUCUGGUUAAGGAGCUUGCCAUUCAAAAACUUUCACAACCCCAGAUUGUAGAGAAAGAAUGAGAACUUUCUAUCAGCCGGUUUCAAGGGAGUCAACAUUAACACGUGACUUUUGGCUGCUGCAAAUGAGUAAAUACGUCUGUUUUAUUCAUUGCAGCUAAAAUGUAACGAAUAAGGAUAAUUUUUGUAUUAUUAUUCAAGAAAAUGUCCUCAGCGUUGCAACAAGGUGACUUCAUCACAAAAAUGUGUCAGUAACUCGUGGAGCGAGAGGGACAGAGGGGUGGAACCAUGUUCACACUAGUGAAUGCACACUGGGUGGUUUGAUCUUUUCACCCAUAAAACAUUUAAUUUAUGACUCAGUGGUGAUACAUAGGUUGGCUGUAAUUUUUGAUGUUAUGGGUUUGUAGAAAGAAAAAAAAAAGUCACACACAGAAACUGGCUCGUUUUAUUUAUUUUUUUCCCCCUCUUAUGCAAAUGAACUGUUGACUUGGAACCUACAAAUAGUGAGACACAUUCCACUGUGGUAUCAAAUGUUGAGGAGAACCAGGACAAAUCCUGACUGUUUUCUCUUAACAAUAGAAGGAAACAAGCUACUAUCAAGUAAUGAUCAGUUACGUCAUUAUAGAACUGUGAAGCACAGUCAUGGUGGUUUGACCUCAGAAUAUAUUGCAUGACUCACAAGCAAGCUUCAUGUUGUUUUAACAUCACCUUUCGAUCCUUGUUGUUUGGUGGUUACGGCUAAAGUUUCAGGGAGAGAGAAAAACAACAGCGAGGCUUGUGCUCUAAUUCAAGGAAAUAGGAUGAGAUUUAUUAUUACUGCACUGACAAGAGCAGUAAGAAAACCUGUGACGUAGGCACCACCAGGGGGCAGGGGCUCAUAAUUAUGAGGUUUAUAAUUCACACAAACUGCUUCAUCAUGCCGGGCCUACCGUCCAUAUUCAAAAUCGAUUGCUAUCAUGUAUUUACCUUUAAUGGAGAGAAUAAUAUAACUUAUUACACAGUUACAUGGUUGUCUGUCAUAUUGAAAUUAUUCAAAAGUAGAAAUAGGGCAGCAUUGUCCCUACAGAGGCCUACAAUUCCUCUUUCAUGUCUGCUUUUGUUCAACUAUUUAGCUAUUUCAACAACCCAUAACUCACUGUGACCUCAACUGCAGUGAUAUCGUCUAAUUUAUUGCCUCUGUGCAUCAUACCUGCCAGUGCUGAUAUUACAUUGUUCCCCCUGCCAAACCGCAUUCUGCCUUACCUAACCAGUGGUUUGCACACAACUAUAUAUAGGCUUAAAUGUUAUUGUUAUAAUUCAUGAGUGUACACACCUGAAUAGGUGUGUCAGCGAAAGUAAUUCUAUUUUUAUCUCAUGUCUCAUACAGCAGGUGCUCUCAUAUUUACUAUAAAAACAACUAUCUUUGUAAAUGUUAUAGAUUGCUCUUUUCAAAAAACAAUACAUAGAUCCUCAUAGACAGGUCUCUUUUUUGUAUAUAUUUGUGUGUAUGUGUCAGGCCAUCUGCAAGCUGUUUAAUGAAACAGCUGGACCUGAAUAGUACUUGCCAACAUUAAUCUUAUGUUUUCCAAACCUAUUCAUUACCACACACAAUGAGCAAUGAGAUUACUAGUGUUCUGUACAGUGGCAGUGCAAAAUCAACCUCUGUAAAAUAAGAGUUUUUGGCACUUUG